UCAGCUUCGUGUUUUGCCCCCAUUGCAAUAAACAUUAAACUACGCCUUUGCACAAUAACGCAGUCAUCACACACACAUGCAAAUGUGAGACGCAGGCUCGAAAACGUCAGAAAUAUCAAAAUAAAGCGAAGUGUCGUGCAGUUUUUCAAAUAUUUGAAAAUACCAUAUCCUUCAGUUAGUUCAUAGUGAAAAAUUGGUAUUCUUAGCCGUGGAACAAGCUAUUUAAAGCAAACGCCCUCGCGACACUGUUGUGCGUCUGUAAAUAAACGGCAGCCAUGGAUCAGAUGCAGCUUAGCCCGGGAUUCUCGAUCCCGAGCAUAGGCACACCGCUGCACCAACCGGAAGAGGACCAACAAAUUUUGCCUCAUGCCUAUCAACAGCAGCAACAGUCAAUGCCGCACAUGACCCCGAUGGGGGGACUCAGUGCGUACGGGUUGCCUUCCGGAAUGAACACACCCGGCAAAUCGAUGCACACGUAUGCACCCAGUUUCGCAGCGCCACAGAGUAUGAUCCAACCACAGACACCGCAAAGCCUCAUGUCCCCCAUGGUGCCGAUGACGGAGAGCAAAGCAUCGCUGACCCCUAGUCACAACAACAGCGGGAACAGCGUGCGGGACCCGGACAACAUCGGCAGCGUUAACAUCCACCAGACGAUGGGUCCAGCCACGCCAAUGACCCCCAUGACCCCCAGCGAACCGGCGAUCCUGCCCCAGCUGCAGAACAUUGUAUCGACGGUGAACCUGAGUUGUAGGUUGGAUCUCAAGAAAAUCGCCCUACACGCCCGUAAUGCCGAGUACAAUCCGAAACGUUUCGCUGCGGUCAUUAUGCGAAUCCGAGAACCGCGAACAACGGCGCUGAUUUUCUCCAGCGGCAAGAUGGUAUGCACGGGAGCUAAGAGUGAGGAAGACUCCCGGCUGGCAGCCAGAAAGUAUGCACGAAUUAUUCAGAAACUUGGAUUUACGGCCAAAUUUCUCGACUUCAAAGUACAAAAUAUGGUCGGCAGCUGCGACGUGCGGUUUCCGAUUCGAUUGGAGGGUCUGGUUCUAACGCACGGUAAGUUCAGCUCCUACGAGCCAGAAUUGUUCCCCGGGUUGAUCUACCGUAUGGUGAAGCCGAGGAUUGUGCUGCUGAUAUUCGUGUCCGGAAAGGUGGUACUUACCGGAGCCAAGGUGCGGCAGGAGAUCUACGAUGCGUUCGAUAAUAUUUAUCCGAUUUUGAAGAGUUUCAAGAAGCAGUAACUCGAUGGUACUUUCCUAUAUCUUUACUUUCUUUGAUUCUUUUGUUUGAUAUUUCUGCAUUUUUUGUUCGUUCAAUUAUCACCUGAAACAGAUAAGGUAGAUUAUUAAUAUGCGAAUUCGAAUUCAUUUCGGUUUAUAAAUGAGAAAUUUAAUACGAUUUGGCGCUAAUAUGUUAUUAGCCGAUAACGCAUUUGAAGUCAAAAAAGGUUUCUGAGCAAAAAUGUAAUAUUAAUCUGUGAAAUUUAAUAAAUUGACUUAUGAUUAAAUUAAUCAAA